GAGAUUAAAGAUGAGAUGUGUUCCAUCCAGAUGAGUGCCGUGUUCAAGCUGCUUCAGCAGCACCGACUGGAGUCAUACCACAGCCAGUUUCUUCAGCUGGGUGUAAAGGAUGAAAGAGAUUUCCUGGAUGGAGUCACGGAUGAGCAUUUAAAUGAUAUGGGCUUAAGUCGCAUUGAAAAGAAUCGUUUUUCUACUAUGAGGACCUUCCUUCAGAGACUCCAAUCUCCACAGCGGCAAGUUCAAACUGUGGAACCUGUGCAAAAAUCCUCAGAGCCCUUCUGUCUGUACUACACGUACCCUAAGUGUCCCAAAACGAAGCAUCUUAAAGAUCUGGACCCAGAACAAAACACAGUUGAAGAUCUGAUGUUAAGGAUCUGUUACCUUGAAAAUAUUGGUAAGGACAAAGGAGUGUGCCUCUACACAGUGGAUGGGAUGCCUCUGACGGACGACCCAUUCUUCAACACCUGGUCUUUGAAAGACAGACACAUUGAAAAUGAUGCCAUGAUCUACGUCAUAUUUACACCUAAAGAAAACCUUCUACAGGCUCAUCAAGUAGAAACGCAAGAGUAUGUGGAAACAAAUGGAACAGAUGUGAUCCGAUGCCACAUCAUGCUCAAGGGAGACUUUGAGCUGACUGUGGACUUAGAGGUUGACACAAUUUUGACUCUAAAGCUCAAGCUGUCUAAAGAAAGUGGAGUCCCAGCGUGUGUGCUUCAUCACAGACGUGAUCACUCCAGUGGAUACAGUCUGCAGAACUGUGGCAUAUCCGAGGGCAUGCUGGUUUUCUUCUCGCUGUCAUAUUUUCCUGAGGAAACUCCACAUAAUGCCCUCUACAUUAAUGAUGUGGCACCCUCAGUGCCUCAAACCCUGAAAGGAAUCAGUGUGUUCUUGUCUUCCUUUCAUGCCAUUAGUAAAUUUUCGAACUCGACCCGGAACACGUUGAUUGCCUACAUACGAAAGCUGACAGGAUGCAACGCUCUGGCCCAAAGUCUGCAUCAGAUACUCUGCAGGAACGAAACGGUGACCAGAAACCAAAAGAUUGCGCUCAUUGAGGGCUUGUACCUGCUCUUCAGGGAGCUUUUGCCCCGACAGGGAUCAUGGCGAGGGGAAAGGUUCAUUGAAGACCAGGACGUAUUUGACAACUCAUUGUACUGUUGGGCACAUCUCUUGUGCAAAAUAAAGCAGAAACAAUCAUCCGAGCAUGAAAUCUAUGCUCCAAUCACUCUUCUAUCUGGAAAUGGUGACCCACUCUGCGAACCAGUCAGAGUACCUGGAAUACCAACUGUGUUUGAACGAACAGAUAUUCUUGACAAAAUCAAAAAUGGAGAGAGAAUUCCAAACUGCACAGUGGACCCGCUGCAGGAAAGUUCCUUACAGAGAGCCACUGACAUCGAGAAAAUCCUUCUCAGCUUGCCUCGUUACAUAAGGAGAUAUCCCUUCUGGAUCCACCAUGACAAGCUGUCUGGUCAGAACUUUCAGGUCAUUAUUAAUCGGACUUUUGCGAGUAUGGUGGAGGGGCUGAAAUCUUUCCCCUCUCUCAAUGUGACUCCCCCUCUGCGUCUGAAGGAUCUGGGUUUUGGCGGGAGUUCUCUUCUCAUGAUAAGUGAAGACAACCUUGGCAUUUAUAUCCAUAAGGACAAAGGAUCCGCCAAUAUGGUCAAAGUGCAAGAUUGCCUAGAUGGAGAAGUCAAAUCUGUGGAUCUUGACAUGUUGGCAGCCCAGACUGGUGAUAACGGAGACAACCAGACAUUUGUCACAACCAGGACUCCAACGGAGGCCAUACUGAUGUUGAUAGACACCAGUUCGUCAAUGGAAGAAGAGUGUUACGGAAGUUCAGAAAUAAAGAAAAUUAAUGUUGUGAAAGAGCUCUUUGACAACUUUGCCACUCGAAGCAUGGCUUAUGACUUCCAUCACGUCAUUGGCCUCGUGAAGUUUGACUCUAUGGUGAAAACUCUCCACACAUUUACUGAAAAUCUGGAGACGUUUAAGGUGCACAUGCGGAGCAUUGAGGCGAGUGGAUGUACUCUGCUGUACGACGCACUGCGACGAGGAGCUUGUGAGCUUGAGAAAGUCAAGACAAGGUUCCCUGAUUGUAGACUCCGCAUCAUGUGUCUCACAGAUGGAAAUGACUCUGGAUCUUCAAUCGAACCAGUUGCUGUUACAGUCAAACUCCUAAAGCUGAACAUCAUUGUGGAUUCAAUCCUACUUGGAAAUGUGGAGAACAACAUGCUGCAUGGAAUCAGCAAUGCAACUGGCGGCUGCUGUUUCAAACCACAGACAACCAAAGAGGGUCUAAAGCUCUUUGAGAUUGAGACGGUGCUGUCUUUGGAGCAGAGAAAGGUCAAGAAAAAACUUGAUGCGUCUUCCAUCUCUGAGCACGCAUUAACAAGCGUCUUUGCUGUUUGUGGUUAUGAAGAAUACCCAGAAACCUCCUUGCCAAGCCAGAUAGGCCAAAAAGUGAGCAUGACACAGAGUGUGCUCAAGAAGAAGACUCGUGAGUCAAAGAAUGGGGGAUUCAUGGAAAAGGAUAAACGCAUCCUGGAGGAGCUGAGGAAUCUGCAUUGUGACCCACAUCCCUUCUUUAGAAUCUUUCCCUCAGAGUCAGACUUCUCGUUCUGGAGGAUUCUCAUGCAGGGCCCCCCUGACACACCGUACGAGAAAGGCGUGUUUGAGCUGUACUGCCAGUUUGGCCCCGAAUACCCAGUGAAGCCCCCACUUGUUCGCUUCGUCACUCGUGUGUAUCACUGCAACAUCAACAGCGUGGGCCGCAUCUGCCACAACCUAUUUGACCGUAGUUACAAUGCCCACAUCACCAUGAGAGAGGUCCUGGAUGCCGUUUACGGACUGCUUAUCAUCCCCGAGCCCGAUGAUCCACUUGACAGCAUUUUGGCUGAAGAAUUCUUGACGAGCCGUGAAAUAUACCAAUAUGAAGCCAAGAAACACACAGAGGAACAUGCUGGAAAGUCACUGGAUGAGAUGGAGAAGAAACUGGUGAAUCCUGUGCCGCAGUUUUUCCCUCAGCACCUGCUGUGUCCGCUGACCAGGAACAUGUUUGUCGACCCGGUGAAAACUGUGUACGGUACUGUGUACGAGCGGAAAGCCAUCGAGGAGCACCUCAAACAACACCGGUACGACCCAAUGGCUGGCCCAGGACACGAGCUUGAAAUGAGCGACAUAACAGCAGACCGGGACAUGAAGAAAAUGGUGAUGGAACACCGAUCUCGUCAAAUUCAGUAAAUCAGGAGACGGGUUUCGAAUCUCCUUCAGAGUGAUUGGAGACAGUUUGUUUGUGUUCAGUUGUUUUUUCUUUAUGUCACAAAAAUAUCAAACAUGUUAGUGGAGAAAUUAUGGACCAUUUAGUUUGUGUUCAAUGUUUGACUGGAGAAUAAGAUACCACACAUGAAGGUCAAGAUGAUGUGAGACUGUCCCUCCUUCAGUAUAGUUUUAUUUCCUUUUAUGGUAUUUGUGUUUCUUUGCUGAGCAAUUUAGUUGUUUGGUACCUAUUUAGAAAUAUUAGAAAGAUAUUUAGAAAAGUUGGA